GCUGCGGCUGCCGCUCUCCGGAGCCGGGGAGGCAGAGGGAGAGCGGGAGGCAUGGAGUGAGGGCCGGCGGCGGGCGGGCGGGGAGCGGAACGGCCGCCUGCGAUGGGCCAGGCAUGAUGGGGGCGCUCGGCUCCGUCCUCGCGCUGCUGCUGCCGCCGCUGCUGCAGGUCCUCGCCGCCGCCCCGCGCGGACAGCCGCUCUCCUCCGCCGGAGCCGCCGCCGAGGCGCAGAUCGGCUGCCUGGUUGAAGAUGAUCUUUGCAAAUCUUUUGAAAUCUGUCUAAAUGAUGGAGUAUUUGGGAGAUGUCAGCGAGUGCCAGUAAGAGACAUAUACAAAUAUGACAUUUCACCUCCUGUUCUUCAGCGCCUGAGGAUCAUCCUGGAGAAGCUCUCACACAGAGGUUUUACCUGGCAAGAUGACUAUACGCAGCAUGUCAUUGGUCAGGAACUCUCAAACAUCCACAAAAUCCACAACAGACACUCUGACAUCUUUGCAGCUGAAGCAUCUGAUACAGGAAGGAUUUUGGAACAGAAUGAAGAUAAUGAAAGAAAAUCUCAUCUGGAAAAUGACGUGAACUUGGCCGAGUCUCUUCAGCAAUAUCUUAAAUAUCUACGUCUUCUCUCUCGAUCAACAGCUACAAAUCUGUAUCCAAGGAAGAGGAAUGACAAAGCUUCAGUCAAGAGCUAUGUCUAUAAUGAUCCUGUUAGGUACUACUUGAUGCAAAAACCCAAAGAAAAAGCAACUCCAUUGGCCCACGCAUCAACAUCUCAUCAACAGUAUGCUGAAAAUCUCCAUGGGAUGACCUUCAACCAGCCUCAGCCAGACAAGUUUUCAAUGGAGUCAGAAGUGGGGCUUGACCAGAAAGCUCUGAUGGCUGCACUGCAUACGUACAUCACUCAGAACUUGUCAGCACAAAGCAAUGAUAAAAGCUCUCACAGUAGGACUAAAGGGUCACACGUUUAUGCUGAUAGAUUCUACUCUCCUCAAGUUGGUCCUUUUGAUGGAAGUUUUUCCAGAGGAAAAGCAGAAGAUUUCAAAAUGAAUAAACUGUUCCAGCCACAGCCUGCCUCUGGAGCGCUAAGGCCAGCCCCCGAGAUGCUGAAUCAUAAAUCUGCUUCCCAGAAUGAUCCAAAGGACCUGCUGAGGGUAGUGGAUGGUAAAGUUGAAACACUUAUUAAAGGUGUACUGAAGGACCUAGAGAAACACCAGGUGAAUGUGGAGAAUCUCAGCUCAACUGAACUGGAUGAAAUCGCUGAUACUAUUGCUAAUGCAAUUCAGACUGCUGGCAUUCAGGAAAAAACAGAAGAUGGUGCUGGAAAAACUCGAGAAGAAAAAGCAGAAGCAAAAACUAAUAAAGGAGAUGCUCAAGGAAAGGCAGAAAUUCAUACUGGAUUAAUGGAAAACAGUGUUAACAUACCAGACAAUGGAAUGCAUGAAGCCAGUGCCAGAACUGACCAAGAGGAGAACACUGCAAAAUUAAUUAACUUCUUGAAAAAUAAUGCAUUAUCGGGAAAUAUGCCUAAAGACUUAAUACAUGAAGAACCUACUAAGUCAGAAACCAAGAAAUCUGAAGAUACUGACUCUUCUUCCUCAGAAGAAAUAAAUGCUGGUGUGGAAAAUGUAAAAAGUGAGACUUUCUCCAGGGAGCUGACAGCUGCAGAGAGCACUGAAUCUGUCUCCAAAGACCCAAGUGAGACCCGCUACUGGAUUAAGAACGCUUUAACGAAGGAUGGAAACUCCUAUGAACAGCCUGAGAAAAAUGCAGGACAAGGCAUACAGCUUGAAGUGAAGUCUGCAGAGGAGAAAGAAUAUGGCUAUAUUGUGACAGUGAAAGACCCCCUGAGUGUGGAAAAGGGCCUGGAGUUAAUAAAGGAUGUGGCAGAUCUCCUGAAGCUGCAGAUGAGUGCCUUCGAUGAUGUUAACAUGCUGGGACCAGCUGUGACCUUCAGAGUGCACUCAAACCUCCAAAACAUUUCAACUGCAGAUGUUGCCAAAGCAGCAGCCAUGAACAAAGAGAAGCUUGAAAAAACAACUGGGCUGAGAAUUCUGCAGACUGGCGUGGGGGAGAAAAGCCACGUACCUCCGCUCCCGCAGCGCGGGGAAGAGGCAGAGUCGGCCAAAUUUCUCCUCCUCACCCUCCUCUCCCUCGCUUGCAUCGCCGGGGUCCUGGCAGCUUCGGGGGUCGUCUACUGCCUACGGCACCGCGCCCACCACCGGCUCAAGGAGAAGCUCUCGGCCCUGGGGGCUGACGCCGGAUCCGAUGCUACCGCUGCUUAUCAGGAGCUGUGCCGUCAGCGCAUGGCCGUGAAGACAUCUGAUCGCCCAGAGCCCCUGCAUGCCUCUCGAAUCAAUAGUGUUUCCUCCCAGUUCAGUGAUGGGCCCAUUCCCAGCCCCUCAGCUCGCAGCAGCACGUCGUCCUGGUGCGAGGAGCCGGUGCAGUCCAACAUGGACAUCUCCACCGGCCACAUGAUCUUGUCCUACAUGGAAGAUCACCUGAAAAACAAGAAUCGUCUGGAGAAAGAGUGGGAAGCUCUUUGUGCUUACCAGGCUGAGCCCAAUGCCACCACUGUUGCACAGCAGGAGGAAAACAUCCAGAAGAAUCGCUCCCGGGCUGUAGUACCAUAUGAUCACUCCAGGAUAUGUCUGAAAGCUGAAAAUAGCCACGACAAUUCAGACUACAUCAAUGCUAGCCCAAUUAUGGACCACGACCCCCGAAACCCAGCCUUUAUUGCCACCCAGGGCCCUCUCCCUGCUACUGUUGCUGACUUCUGGCAGAUGGUCUGGGAGAACGGCUGUGUCGUUAUUGUCAUGCUGACACCCCUCACGGAAAGCGGAGUCAAGCAGUGCUACCACUACUGGCCCGACGAAGGGUCAAACCUCUACCACAUCUACGAGGUAAACCUUGUUUCUGAGCACAUCUGGUGUGAGGAUUUCCUGGUGAGGAGCUUCUACCUGAAGAACCUGCAGACAAAUGAGACCCGCACGGUGACACAGUUCCAUUUCCUCAGCUGGAAUGAUCAGAGAGUUCCUGCUUCCACAAGAUCACUGCUGGAUUUCCGCAGGAAAGUAAACAAGUGCUACAGGGGUCGCUCUUGUCCAGUAGUUGUUCAUUGCAGUGAUGGUGCAGGAAGAAGUGGAACCUACAUUCUAAUUGACAUGGUUCUCAAUAAAAUGGCUAAAGGUGCUAAAGAGAUUGAUAUUGCUGCUACCCUGGAGCACUUGAGGGACCAGAGACCAGGCAUGGUCCAGACGAAGGAGCAGUUUGAAUUUGCUUUGACAGCAGUUGCAGAGGAAGUGAAUGCAAUACUCAAGGCACUUCCUCAGUGAGCAGCUCGGUGUCCCGGAGGUUCGCGCAGGAUCCAGCCCUCGUUUCCUCAUCCUCAGUCCCUGUGAAUGUUCUUGGAAACCGUGACCUGACCUUAACUAUGUAUUUUCUGUUGUAACCACAUAGUGAUAGGGUCCUUAGGAACUCCUUUAGCUGAUAAAAGUUCAACAGUUAAAAUGUGUCUUCUGUUUUUGGGUUUUAAAACAAAUUUUAAGAAAAUACAUCAAAGCCUCGGAUUAAGUGACAGAACAGUCCACCUAAUUCCUCUCUCAUCCUCAAAGACCUGAAUGUCAAACUUGGAAAGCACACAUUCCUGUUCUUACUAACAAAUAUUCAGUAUUGUAGGUAACUAGUGCAGUUAAUAUAGUCUCAGAAAACAGUGUUCUGUUGUAUUUUGUAACUCCUUAAAAACCAAAUGAGAGUGAGGGGCCUGAAAGGGAUGGUGAUUGUCCCUCUACAAUGCUGAGCGGAGGCAUGGAACUGUGCAGAGGGUGUGAGUAAACACAGGUCCAGGCUCUGGCAAAGGGAGCUUGCACCUUCUCAUGCUGAGCUUUAGCAAGCAAACAUUUUCUUAACUGUUGUUUACUUUUCAGCUUUGUGCUGUGAAUGGAAGAAAAUCUGAGCUAUAAGUAAAUAGGCCAGCACGGUUGUUACAACUGGGGAGAACAAGUUGGUCACCUUAAUGGGAACCUGGGGACCAGUGAGCACCACAGCUCUGGCCACGUACCUACAGUGUGGAGUGGGCAAGCAUAGAUGCACCUCCAACCAUGAGCAAGGCACCUGGCCCACCAGGCGCAUGUCCAGAGCUCGCAUGGACACGGAUUGUUGACAUUAUGGGAUUACUGAGGAAGAAAACGGGACUCUUCUCUUUAUAUUUUUGCAUUUUGCUCUUUCAAGCUCUGCUGUGCCAUCCUUUUGAGCCGGGGAAAUGUAUUUCUGUAAAAGCCUGGCCGAAGGAAGAAUUGCCAAUCUGCAUUUUAUGAUCCUCAUCAAGUUUGUCUGAGCCAGCCAUUUGUUGCACCUUUCUGCUCUUUUCUUUUUCUGAAUGAUGCCUAUUUUAACUAUUAAUGGAUAAAGAAGCACAUAAGUUGAAUUUCAGAGAUUCUUCUGUUCUCAAAAUCCUAAUACCUGCUGUUGCAAAGUAAUGCUGAAAUAUGUCUGUAAACGGCUUGGUUACGUAAUUUUGCUUAUGUGAAACCACAGUUUUAGUUGUGGCACUCUACUAAAGGGAUUGAAGCUGCUGAUGGAAAGUACUCUGAUUUGUUUGAAUGAAGGGCCUGAAAGUGACAUUUUCAAAUGUGACUCUUAAUUUCAUUUUCAAAACUGAAUACUUGGACACUUUCAUCUGUUAUCCUCCAUCUCUGUGAUUUAAGAAUUUUAGUGUUGGUUUGUGGGUUUUUUUUUCCCCAAAAUCUUAACAGCAUUAUAUACCUGGAAAAUACAUAAUUAGAUUUAAUUCAGGAGAGUGAAAGUUUUAUAAACUUCUAAUCAGUGAAAUGUUAAAAAUACAGUAUUGGAGAGUUUCGCUGGAACAGAGGUCACGGGCAUCUAUUGAAAUCAACCAGGUUGCAGUUCUGUGUUGUAGGCAUGAAUAUUGGUGAUUUAUUCUUUUUAGCAAUUAAAGAGUUAUUUAAAAAAAAAAAAUAGCAACAACAAAGCAGAAGACUUGUUACUUUUCGCCAUACAUUUUUGCAUGCUUUUCUUGGUAUGUGCUGUUGCUUAAUUUGUGCAUCCCAUUACUAUGGCAGUACAGAGCAUUUACUGCAGAUGCCAUCAUCCUCUUAAGUACAUAUGCUGUACAUUAAGCCACAUGUUUAUUUUAUGGCCUAAGCAUUUUAGAGCUUUCCUAGCAAUAACUAAAAAAACUAAUGGAGUAUGAAUGAGAAAAUUGCCUUUUUCAUUUGAUAAUUUAGGCUUAACAGGUUUCUUUUAUUACUUUAGCUAACACACAAUUGCAGAUCAGGGCAGAUGAGAUCAGUUUGAGCAGUAUCAGCAACUGUUUGAGGUAGAUUUACUGUGAGCCAUGUACUGCAGCUUUCUGAAAAUACAGGUAGUUAUAUCCACACAAACAGUCCAAGGAAUCAAAAUAAGGGCAUCCUAAGUCUACCCCCCAGAUUCUUGGGUAAAACUACUUCUCAGGGCAAGAUGCUGUACCAUUGCCUACUGCCAGUGGGAUAAUGGGUUUUCAGCACAGAUUUCUGCCCUGAGAUUUAUUGGUGUUCGCCUCCUGACCGUCUCUGUGCAUACCACAAACAUGGCUGAUGAGCUGUUCGUUUGCACUUCAGGAAUAUUUUUUAAUUGUUCUUCUGCAAAUAUUUGCAUUUCAUAAUAGUAAUUUCAGGGUGAUCUCUAUUAUUUCACAAGCGGCUGAGUAUGAGACUAAAAUAUUGGUCUUCAUGCUUUGGAGUUUAUUUAGUGUAAAUUAGAGGGCAUUAAUCUUCCCCAGUGCUAAUGGGGCAGGAUGUGUUGUUUUAUUCAUACUUGUAGGCUGAUAUACACAACGGAAGGAUGCAAUCUUACUCAGAGGGUUGGGAUAUCUCCCACUGAAUGUCAUGGACAAUCCUGUUUUUUCAGCCAUUUUGCACAGUUCUUCCACAAAGAGAUGCCGGGCUUAUUCUGUUGAUUGUAAGCUACCACACAGAUUAUUUCCUCUGUGCAGGUAAGACAUUGUUCACACCUCUCCAUAAAUGCCCUGCUCCUGUGGGCAGUCAUUUGUUGCAGGGCAUAUGAGUGAAAUGCAGGUCAGUUGCACCAGGGUGAUCCAGAAGGGUCUGACAAUCCAUUUCCCAGGGAGAUGCCAAAAUCAUGGAAAUACAAACCUGGUGAAAACAGAGAGAGAUUUCUCAUGCAGGACAGGUAUUUAUUUAUCCUUCUGACUGCAGUUCAUGAUCCUUACAGCUGGAUAAAGGAUGUGGCUCAGGCUGCCCCAGACCAACUGGAUUUGAAACCUGCCCCAUGUUCCCUGGUGAGAUAAGUGGGGGCCCAAGGUCAGAUGGUACCCAUGAGCCUUCCCUGGUCAGUGUUCUGCUUGAUCUUUAGUAAAUGGACAGUCAUUGAGGCUGGGUUGACACCCAGUGCAUGCCCAUAAACAGCACAUGUUUAAUAUUGACCAUCCUAGUGUUCUUGAUGAAGACAAAUCAAAUAUACAGGUGGUUGAAUUUUAAAAUUAUAUUUAAGGGGGAAGCUGCCAGAGGGUAGUUUAACCCCAGUGCUUGCAGUAUCCUUCCUCAAUGUUCGAAGCAUAGGGAGAUAAGCCUCAUUUCCCACCAGCAUGGCAGUAAAUGUGACCAGAUGCCACCCAUUGUCCCAGUGGGUGCAGACAUGAGGGACAGGGAAGUGUUUGCCACCAAUGCAGGCAGUUUUUAGGUGUAGCAGCACAGUCCCUCCCCUGCUUUCACCCUUCCCACAAGAAGCACUGGAUUUGGAGGGACAGAAGGAUAGGACAGCCUAAUUCCCCAAAGCUGAGAUCCUUGGGUUUCAGUACGUGUCAUGGGGAAAGCAGUGUGGGUUUUGCUGUCACCAUCACCUAUUUCAGGUGAAGCUCUAACCAUUGCCUUUGACCAUCAUUCAUGGGAGCUGGAGCAGCCUGGGUAACAGCCAGUAGAAGUCUUCGGCAGUUGUAAGGGCCAAAAAUGAGUUGUAGCAGAAAAUCCCCAAUCUAAAUCUUAAUUCAGUAGCAAAGCAAGCAAGAUUAUUUUUAUAGACACUGCAAGAGGUUUAAAACAUUUAAGAAUAUUUUUAAAAUCUACACCGAUGAUUAAACCUUGUUUCUGUCUCUAGCAUGCAUGCAGAACCAAUCUCCAUCCAUCCCCACGGGAACGACAGCUAUAGAACCUGUAAGGAGUUCAUGCUUUAUUUGUCAAGUGAAACAUUAAUAAGAUCCAGCCCGCUUCAUAAUUUCCAGACUAGUCAUUAAUUAAAAUAAAUAAAUAAAUAAACGUUUAUUGGAAUAGAAAACAAGUAUUUGAUUAGCUUUGUUACAGAACAAUAGCUCUCCUAAUUUUUAUUCUGCAUAUUUUAUUCUUUGUUUAGAAAAUUCUCUUAAGAAGCAGUUGAGAUAAUUCGCUUUUUAAAACUGUACAGUUUCUAUGGUUUUGCUUUUUAAAUGAGAGUACACUUUGUAGAUUUGAUUAUUAUAUUUUUCUGUUAAGAUUACACUGGACAUUACAAAAGCAUUCCCCACCACAGUGAGAAGAAAGCUAUCCUGUUGGUUUACUGUAAAAGAAAAAAAAUAAUUAGAACAAAAUUGCAGAGCUGUGGCGUACUCAAUCCAAUUAGAGCAUGACUCUUUACUACUCUUCAUUUACCACAUUAGAAAUAAAAUAAAGUUACACCAGCAAGAUUUCAUUUGAAGCUGUUCUUGCAUGCUGUUUGUACUGUAUUUGAUGGCAUAAUAUUGUUUCAUUUACAACCUUUUCUUUUUCGCCACUCUAUUAUAUUCUUUCUCUGUAUAUAGUUAAAAAGAAGAAAAAAAAAAAUAGAUUAUACAAAGUAUUUUGUUCUACCUCUGUAAAAAUCAUACUUGUGAAUAAAGUCACGUUGUCUGUGGAGCACGGUAUUGUGGAUACAGCAUUAGCAGCUGGUGUUUGCUUUUAUUUUUGGGUAGGAGGGCUCCUCCUGUCGCUGGAUCCUUAUCCCUGUGCUGACGAAGGGGACAGGCAGGGUCCUGCUGAGCCGUAGAGGUGCUCACUGCUCUGCUGCAAGAUGGUGCAGCCUCCUCUGCCUUUGGGAUGCGGGCUUCUACCUCUGCAGCUCCCUGCUGAGGGAGGGCUGGGGGCCACGCUGCUCCAGGCAGACCCCUGCAUUCAGGUCAUAUGGGAGAAUGAAUACUUGAUGGAAAUUCUCCUUGUGCAACAGGGAGGUGAAAAAAAUGUGGGCUGUGAGCACGGGUUGGUGGGUCAGAGCUUUGCCUAAUGGCGGUACGGGCUGCGUGAGGCUUCACAGAUUUGAAACAGCCGCAGGAUUGACAGAAGGAUUUGAACGGGUAAUGGAAAAUAUUCACUGUUACAUUAAGUAAGGUUAAGAGGAGUGAAGACUAAGGUUCCCACGUAAGCACAGAAUAAAAUAAGCAGUCUUUUCCCUGGAGAUAGAAAGUAAUUUUCCCAUAAACACUGUCCAUUGUAUGAACGUCUGUAUCUUCGCAUGAGGCAUCUAUUGUUAGCUGUUAUCAGAGGCAGGCUUUAUGAUUAGACAGCCCUACUGUGGCAAUUUGCAUGGCUCUGUAUUGUGUGCUGAAACUUCAGUUGUGUUUUAAAGUUCA